GUCGUCCUCAAAAUAAACAAAAGGAACAACAGAUUGUCGCAGAAACUAAGAUUUGUACUUUUGUUAAGGCAAAUUUCUUCUUAUUUGGAGGUGUGCCACUUUACUGCCAGAACAACUUAACAAACACCCCAAACAUAAAAAAACGAAUUGUUUUGGUCAGGAAAGUUCCUGUAGCUCAAGAAUGGUUGUAGAAAAGAAAGUUUUUGUCCAUCUGUAUCGCAAUUUGAUUCGCACGUCGAAGCAAUUCCCGUACAGUUUCAGAGAGUUCUCCCUUCGUCGAAUUCGUGACGCAUUUCGUGAGGGAAGAAAUGAAACGGACCCUGUAAAGGUUCAGAAGAAUUUUGAAAAGGCUCAGGAAACUCUUCAGUUGAUUCAACGACAGACGAUCAUAAACAAAAUGUACACCAAAGGCAAUUUGGUUGUCGAGAAUAAAGGACCUAAGGAGAAUGUUGAUAGUGCUUUGAAAAAAGCACACUAGAGGAGGUGUAGUUUAUGAGGUUGAUGAAUAUAGAUAUGUGU